AUGUGUCUGGCCGAAGCAGGCCCGCCACCUGCACCCAUCGAGCAGAGUACUGCCCGGCGGGCCGGCAUAAGGGCAAGACAGCUUGCCAUCAUCGCGAUAACUUCGCUCAGCGCGGCUCUUCCCCCAGAGGACAGCCUUCGAAGCGAGAAUAAGUCGCUCAAGGAGCUGCAGUACCUGCAGCAUCAACUCCUGGAUACUCACCAGGCGCAGAUAAAGCUCCUGGAGUCCGAAAUCGCGAAGUGGAAAAUGCUGUACUCGUAUCAGGACACACUUGUGGCGCACAUGCAGAGCCAACUCGAGGAGUACGUGAACGAGAAGAGGUCAUUGCAGGACGAAAUUGAGAAGACGCGCAACCAGCCUGAGGUGCAGCUCCAGGAAGGUCUCCAGCGCAACCAAUGGGCCCUGGACUGCCUGGAAGGAAAGCUGACGGAAAUGCGGGCUGAGCUUGAAGACUGCCAGACGGAGGCCAGCUUCCAUGUCCGUGCGGCGCUGGCUUCACACGUCAAGUCCGGUUGGAAGGUUGCCUGCAUGCUUCCCCACGAGCUCACCUGCCCCGUUGAGACGGUAGUGUCCGUCGCUGACAAGGACGAAUACCUCUUCGUCGAGUGGCUGUUUAUGCGUUCGCUGGUGCGACACCGCCACGCACAUCUUCCGGACAAGUGGUGCAAAGUUCCCAACGUGAAGAUCCUCCAGGUUGAGAAAAUCAGGAGCAGGACCUUCCUCAAACGCUACAUGCUUCGGCGUGAUGAGGUCGAAGAAGAGCGGAGCGGCCGCACUUGCCCCAAGAUCCGGGACAUCAAGACUCGCAUUGACAAGAAAGUCAGCGAGCGACCUUUCGAAGAUGAGGUUUGCCCUUGCCCGGACUCGAACUUGAACGAGGUGCUGCUCUUCCAUGGCACCACCGAGGAGAAGCUCGCGGGUAUCCUCAGCUCCGGGUUCGAUCCUCGUCUUGCGGGCAUGGGAACCGGCGCCAUGUUUGGUCAAGGCACCUAUUUCGCGCACAACGCCUCGAAGUGCUUCCGAUAUGCCCGCCAGGGUCCUUUUCUCCACAGCGGGCAGUCCAGGAAGCUCAGGCAAACCGUUCUGGUGGCCAGGGCUCUCCUCGGCAACCCGUUCUACCAGAGUACGAUGUGCCCUGAGCAACGGCUGCCCCCUUUGGGGUUCGACUCAAGGAUUGCCUUGUCAAGGGCAGAAGGCGGAUGCGUAGAUCAUCGCGAGUACACCCUGUACGACAGGGGAUCCAUUUUGCCGCUCUACAUCGUAGAGUUUGAGCACCAGGAAGAUUGCGGAUGCUGCGUGUGUACUGCAUAG